AGUAAACUUUUCCUAACAUUCUAAACAGACAAGGUUUCUAGUGCAUGAAGGAUGGUGUCCUUCACAGUCGGCAGCACGCGUGUGGAAGGUGUCCUUCACGGUCGGCAGCACACGUGUGGAAGGUGUCCUUCACGGUACGGCAGCACGCGUGUGGAAGGUGUCCGUCACGGUCAGCAGCACACGUGUGGAAGGUGUCGGUCACCGUACGGCAACACGCGUGUGGAAGGUUUCGAAGGUGUCGGUCACGGUACGGCAGCACGCGUGUGGAAGGUGUCCUUCACAAUCGGCAGCACGCGUGUGGAAGGUGUCGGUCAUGGUUGGCAGCACGCGUGUGGAAGGUGUCCCUCACGGUCAGCAGCACACGUGUGGAAGGUGUCGGUCACGGUACGGCAGCACACGUGUGGAAGGUGUCCGUCACGGUACGGCAGCACGCGUGUGGAAGGUGUCCGUCACGGUACGGCAGCACGCGUGUGGAAGGUGUCCGUCACCAUACGGCAACACGCGUGUGGAAGGUGUCCGUCACCGUACGGCAACAUGCGUGUGGAAGGUGUCCCUCACGGUACGGCAGCACGCGUGUGGAAGGUGUCGGUCACGGUACGGCAGCAUGAGUGUGGAAGGUGUCGGUCACAGUACGGCAGCACGCGUGUGGAAGGUGUCGGUCACGGUCGGCAGCAUGAGUGUGGAAGGUGUCGGUCACAGUACGGCAGCACGCAUGUGGAAGGUGUCCCUCAUGGUACGGCAGCACGUGUGUGGAAGGUGUCCCUCACGGUACGGCAGCACGCGUGUGGAAGGUGUCCCUCACGUUAUACAGCACCCGUUACACGUCAGCCAGAAGUGCCCAUUCUUUAUCUUUAACAACCUCCCUUUGCUGCUUCCCGACUUCCAUGAAGCUUCGUCCCACUAAGAGAAAAAACGGUCGGAGCCAUCUGCGCCAGGUCAGAUUACAGAGUUGAGCACCUGAAGGUUUGGGAGUUCUUCUGUGUGACUUUAAUGUUACUAAUAAGAAAACUAAAAUGUACAGCAGAAAGGUAACUUAGAAGUAAGGCUUUAAAAUAUGAAAAUAUAUUAAGAAGCCAAGGAGGUAAUAAAGUCUUGUUCCUUUACUAACACCCUCCGGUUUCCAGCUUGCUGUUCGGUGCCUUCUAGUGCAGAUCAGAAUUGCUGCAUUAGGAGAAACCCAGGGGAUGACCUAGCUGCUCUCUCUGCCAUACACACACCUUCACCGUCAGAGGCUGUGAAGUAAGGUCCAGCCAUUCUCAAACCUUGGCCCUGGUCAACAGCAUAGCCACACCCCGAUGCCUCUUGUUACCCAUACUUGGUAAAUGUAUAUGCGGAUACUUUUCCGUUUCUGCGAUUCCUCAGUUUCUGGUCUAGCAGUUGGUGAACACAUUAAGGAAAGUAUUAAUUCCAGGGAAAAAAAUGUAAAAUAACAUAGAUGGGGAUGUAGUGCUCAAACGUAGACACCUGUGCAGCACGUUAUUCUCUUCUGAUUUAUGCCUUAUGAGUUCUCUGCCACACAGCAGUGACAUACUGCCAUGUUAUUUGUAUUUGUGGGGAUUUGUUUGUUAUAAAAUAAACCCAACGGAAUGACAUUGAUCAGUGUUGUAACAGUUUGAAAGUGAGUUUGAAUCAGCCCGUUUUCAGUCACCAAGGACACACACUCUGGAGGGAAGCAAAGUAAAGAGAAACUCGAUCCCAUUCAGUCCUAAGCCGGAGAGACGCUGUUCCUUACUGUGCUUAUGAUUCCAUGAGCAGUGGCCUCUGCCACUAAUAACAUAAACUGUAUGAAAGCAGCCCUGUGUAACCUCAGUGUCUGCAACCUGAAGUCUAAAUUCCGUUCAGUAACUUUAAGCUUCCUGGAUUUAUCAGAUACCAGGAUACUGAGGAGAACUUCUCCAGGUUGCUUUUGUUUGCACUGUUUCCGUGAGCACCCUGAUGCAGUGGUGUGUCUUCCCCACCUUGUUUCAUGCGGUUCCUUUGGUCCAUUUUUGAGGACUUCAGUUGUCGAUAACCGACAGUCUCAUCUAAUUCACCGCAUGUUUAUAAAUAAAAAUACUAGUUUUUGUCUUUAUGGGUAGGAUAGCACACUGUAAAACACUGAGAAGGAGGAUCACUCCAUUUCUGAACUUGGAUUAUAUUAUAAAGGGGUUUCUUAACCAAAAAGCUUAGUAUUUCAAUUAUAUAUUGUUUUUCCAUUUAAAAAGAAUAGAAUGUCAUACUGGUGAUUAGAAACUGCACAGGACUCUCUGAGCGGCUUUUCUGCACUGGGGUUAUACGAUGCCGUUGGAGCAAGAGGCUCUUCUCUUUUGAGCUGAAUGCCCACUGUUGUUCCAUCACCAAGUUGGGUGAGACACUUAUUGAAAUAUUUUAAUUUUCUUAAAGUGGUUUGCAAGAAUAAGUGAUUUGAAAACCAGCAAUUGACAGCUUAACCUCUUAAAAAUAGAGUAUUUGCCAGAUUGAAUAAACAUGAAAUACAGUGUAAAAUAAUAUUAAUAAAAUCCUGAGUCAUCAGACUGGUACAAUUUCCCAUGCUAAUGUGUUGAGACAACCUUUAGUAUCGUUUGUGCUGUGUGAAUCUAACAGGUAGCAUCACCCUGGUACUGUACUGCAGAGAACCUACUGGUCAUGGAGGAGGAACAGCCCCGCCUCCUUGUCUAACCCUGACCACACACCACAAAGUCUUGCUUCUUCCCCGCCCCCUCUCCUGGCAGUAUUUUUGUAACAUUAGACAUUUGUCCUAUGAGAAGUAUAUACAAGACCAAAUUCAGGAUACAGUUUUGCAGAAAUGUAGGAGGACAUGAAGUAACGGGCAGAAAUGAGAGUAACAAUUCAGAAACGAGAGUAACAAUUCAGAAACGAGAGUAACAGUUCAGAAACGAGAGUAACAGUUCAGAGACGAGAGUAACAGUUCAGAGACGAGAGUAACAGUUCAGAGACGAGAGUAACAGUUCAGAGACGAGAGUAACAGUUCAGAGACGAGAGUAACAGUUCAGAAACGAGAGUAAAGAGCUAGUUCCAGGACAGGCUCCAAAACCACAUAGAAACCUUGUCUCGAAAAAUAAAAAAAUAAAAACAGAAACGAGAGUAACAGUUCAGAGACGAGAGUUCCUAUGUGGGUUUUGCUUCUGAACGUGAAGAAGAUGGGUUUGUGAUGUUUACAGACUGAGACAUACUCAUAUGUCUGAUAUCAUAUUACUACAUUUAAUAGGGUUUACCAAAAGAGUAGACUCAAGUGUAUCGUAAGGUAUAAAUGAGUCUGUUUUAAAAACUGUGUACCUGGGGGGCUGGAGAGAUGGCUCAGAGGGUAAAAGCAUUGCCUGCUCUUCCAAAGAUCCUGAGUUCAAUUCCCAGCAUCCACAUGGUGGCUCACAACCAUCUGCAAUGAGGUCUGGUGCCCUCUUCUGGCCUGCAGGCAUACACACAGACAGAAUAAUGUAUACAUAAUAAAUAAAUAAAUAAAUAAAUAUUUUUUUAAAGUUGUGUACCUGAAGGUAGGCUAAUAGAUCUUUGUAUGUACAGAGAGAACUGCACCUAAUUGGAUGAUCUGUCCCCAUCCACAGAGUUGCUAUGUGGCUUGCUGUAUUCGAGUGUAACAGUUCAGUGUUGGUCUUAUCAGGAGAUGUUUUUAUGUCUUCAUCAGUUACAAAAUUUACCAAAGAAAAUGCUACCAAAAUUAUUUUCAGAAUGUCUAUUAAGUAACUUAGCUCCUUUAAUGCAAUUGCUUUCUCACACCAAAGGGAACAAGUAUACAUGAUUUGAACUGGGAGACACAAAUACAGUAACAGACGUACAGGAUUGUGUUUAUCUUUACAUCAGUAAGAUGUCAGUGCUCCAAUAACAGUACCAAUUAGAGAAUAACUUGUAUUCCUUAUGACAUAUUAAAAUUAAGGAUUUGGCUUGUCAGUUUUAUUAUGGGUUGUUUAGGUGAAUUAUAGGGAAACUUACUGAAGGGUGCUCCUGAGUGGGCAGAGGCGUUUGUUUCUGGUGUUAUUAUUAGCUGAACUAAUGAUUGAUUCACAUUGAUUUUUGUACAUGUCCACUCUUGAAAACAUAAUUGGCUUAAAGGAAGCUAAAACAUCUGUAAAAGACGUAGGCCAAAAAGAUCUAAAGGGUUUAAUCUGUGUAAUGAUUUAUUAAAUCAUGAAACACAGUUUUUUUUGAAACUGCUAUUCCAAACAAGUCCUUUUAUUAUAGUUAAUAAAUAUUGGAUGGGGCAUGGUGGCACAGGCCAGAGGCAGAGGCAGACAGUUGUCCGUGAGUUCAAGGCCAGCCUGGUACUGGUGGUGAAUUCCAGAGUAGCCAGGGCUAAUGAAAUCCUAUCUGAAUAAAAACAAACAAGAAUGUGUCGCUUCUCAGACGAGAAGAUUGGCUUUCAGAUAACGACAGACUGAUAAUGGUUUGGGUUUUUAAUUAUCCUUUCUAAAUAGAAGCAAAGAUAUGAAAGAUGCUCCAUGUGAUGUUAGCAAUGUUUGAAGUCAGUGUGUUUACAUUGUAGCAAUGUUUGAAGUCUGUGUUUACAUUGUAUCUUUAGGUUCUUCUAAAAUUAGGCAGGCUUUAUUAAAUUCUGUUUAAAAUUGGCUAAAAGAAACCAUCUUAGCAGUGCAAGGGUUUUAUUGCCUUGGCUGUAUGUAAUGUGACUUCUGUAACAGGCAAACAAAAUACCCUGCUUUUAUUAUUUGUUUCAUAAGAGGAUAUUUAGAUCAACUUCUUGUUGUUGUUUUUAACUAACGUCAAUCUGUAGCUUUGUGUAAACUUCCCCAACAUUGGUGGGAUUCUGCUGCUGAAACUACUGGACAGACAUAUAAAAAGUAUGAUCGUUCCUGACGAGUGUCCUUUCAACCUAGGACAAAAAAAAUCUUUUUUUUCCCCCAGAGCUGAAGAAAAAAAAUAAACGCACAUCUAAAAUCAUAUGUAUUGGUGCAUGUGAGCCAUUAGCCUGUCUGACCGGAUGGAUUCAUGCUGUUGGUUGUUGAACUGUGAAAUGUGGUCACUGUUGAACUUGUAAAUAUCGGCCAGAGAUGAAAGAAUAUUUUAAGUUAUUGUAAAUAAAGAUGUAAAAAAUUCA